GCGCCCCUCCCACAGCGACGUGCUGCAGCAGCUUUCCCAAGGCCGCUUUCGGCUUCUGUAAGCCGGAAGGGGAGGCCCCGCAGUGGCGUUCGCUCUGCUUUUUCCGUAGCUCUGACUUCCUGCGGAGAUGUUGCUGGUGGCCGGAUUGAGGCUUCACGCUCCCGGCCUAAAACUGUGGCAGCAAAGCGCCGGAAGAUGUAGGGCGCUUCAGCCGGCCAAGAGGUUGGCGGGAAUCCUCGAGAAGCGCCAGCCCUUCACGGCUUCCCACUGCAAACUGUUAACGCCGCUUGGUUCGCCCCGAGCGUUUGGAUCCCGGUUUUGGCUGGGGGAAAAUAAGCAGGUUCCAUUUCUCCAUGCGGAGUCUCUGUGCAGCUUUGGUACAUCAUCCCUGGAGGAACAUUCAGAAUAUGGAAGAUUAAUUUAUUCUGGAAGUUUAUCAAAAACUGUAUUAGGAGUGAAGAUUUUCUGUGUUACCACCAGUAUAAUUACUGCUUCCAUGUUGUUUGGUAUCGUACACAAGUAUGGCUUAAAUUUUGACAAACUCUAUUCAGAAAUUGCUUUUUAUAGUGCCACGCUAUUCUUUAUUUUCCUAACACCACUUCUCUUACAUUUAUUUACUAGAAGGUAUAUUAUCCGUCUGUACCAUAAAGAUAAAAUGGACACAUAUACAGCAAUUACAUAUAGUGGCAUUUUGAGAGAAAAGAAAACUUUAUUCCAUCAGAAAGAUGUGACUGUUCCAGAAACGAGCAAGAUCUUCACAACAUUUUAUGUUAAAAGAAGAUCAAUGCUUGUUAACCCAAUCCUUUUUAAUUAUGCUCAAGACUACAGCCAUCUUAUGGGUUAUGACAAACCCUUUCAGUUUCAUUUGAAGGACUCAGAAGAAUAGAAUUCUAAAAUGUCAAAAUGCUUCAUGUUCAGAAGUCUUUCACAGGUUCUAGAUGACCUAAUAUUGCUUUUUUCAUCAUAUUCUAGUUUUGUUAUUUUAAAUAUUGAUGACUGUGAUUAAAAAUGCUUUUACUGGGAUAGGCAUUUAGUCUGUUGAGCAAAAAUAUGGUCUUUUAAGAUAUUGCGUCUUUGACCCCUCUUUCAGAGUCCACAUUCUGAACAAAGGAGACCACUCUCUGGACAGUGAAGGGUCAAAAAGGUCAUCUAUGUUAAAAUUGAACAGUCCUCUCUCAGUAGAGGGGGAGGGAUAUGACACCACUAUCCCCUGUUUACAACACUGUCCUUUCAGCAGUUCCAAGAAGAUUCCAUAACCAUUUGCAAUCUGAUUCACAAGACCCUGAUAAACUUCAAAGUGGCCUCAACAACUCCCUGAAAGAGUGCUAAUGACCAGAUGACUGCAAGGAAUAUAAAUCCUCCCCUCCCCCCCUCCCACCGCUGCCACCACCAUUCAGUCAGAACUGAAGAAGCUUCUUGGAUGAGAAACAAAAUGUCUAAGGAAAAAACAUGGUCCAUUGCCUUUUGAAAAAGCAUUUUUAUGACAAUAGAAUCUAUUUCACAGAUGGAUUGAUACAAUCUUCAAAGAAUCCUCUCCCAGUUCUAAGAACUAGCUCAACUUUAAGGAGUACCUGUUUUUAUUUCUUUAUUUUUAAGUUUCUGCCUAUUGAAAUGUUCUUCAGUUUUUCCAAAACUGUACUAUUGAGGAAGUUACAAUUCACAAUUAUGGAUAACUAAAGAAUGGAUGCACUUCACUACAGUAAGCGUUUUUGCCACUAGAGGGACCUGUACCACAAUACUGUAUGACACCUUUAAAUGCUCUAAUGGAGUGCUCAUAAAGCAUGCAUUGUUAAAUAAAUGGAGCCAUAAUUGGCUUACUAAUAAGUGAAAUAACUUAGUGGGGCAUACACAAUUUUUUUCUUUAAAAAAAUGUACUUAAGGGUUACUGUGCUUUUGAAUUGUUGACACUGAGUUCAGUAAUAUUACGACUUGAUUAUGAACUAUCAUGAGAAUUUACUAGCUCAGGCUUAAGUGACAACAGUAGAAAGAUUUAUUUCUUCUCUGUAAGGCUGAUUAAUAAAAUUAAUUAAAAAUUA